AUGCCACUCAUUGAAACGCCCACGGUUGAACAACAUGCGACAGGGUUCGGCAUUGGGACGGCCACUCCGCCAUACGAAUUGCAAGUCGUUCGUUUGGACCGUGAAUCACAGGAAGAGACCUUUCUCGUGAAGAGCAAUACCUCAAUUCUAGUUCCAUGGCCUAGUGCCCCGCUAAGGUCGAGAGAAGUUGCUCAAGUCCGAGUUCGGGUCUAUGGCGGCAGUUCUGGCCACGAGCAAGACGAAGUCUCUGAAUGGUCUCCCUGGAAGGUUGUUGAGUGUGGAUUGCUUGAUCGCAACGACUGGAAAUUUAAUCCGAUCGCAGCCCCAGGAGCUUCUCAGCCAGAUAGUCCUUUGCGGCCAGUACGGUUUCGAAAAGAGUUUCAAAUCCCCACAUCAAGUUCUAUUGAGAAGGCUCGCCUCUUCAUCACAAGCUUUGGUGUCUACCGUGCCUUCGUCAACGGAAAUGCCGUGGGCGAUCAAUGCCUUUCUCCAGGGUGGACGAGCUACCGUCAUCGCUUGAACUACCAAACAUUCGACGUGACAUCACUCCUAAAUCCCAACGGCCCUAAUGCCUUAGCGGUGGAGGUUGCCGAGGGCUGGUAUGCAACACGCCUCGGGUUUCGUGGUGGGAGAAGGCAGCUUUACGGAGAUCGACUGGCAGUUAUGGCCCAGCUCGAAGUCCAUCAAGGAUCCGACAAAGAUCUGUUUUCACUCGGCACGGACAGCACAUGGACUUGCACACCCAGUGCAAUCAUUCGAAGUGAGCUCUACGACGGCGAGACUUACGAUAUCCGCGAAGAGAAUCCAGCCUGGAACGCUUCUGAGCUCGAGACCCGGUCGGCUCAGACAUCUAGCUGGGUCCAAGUUCAGAAGCUAGACUUUCCAAAAGCAAUACUGGUGGCCCCAGAUGCUCCCCCUGUCCGCAUAACUGAGGAGAUCACUCCUAUUUCAGUUCAGACGACACCGCUAGGGAAGACAGUCAUUGAUUUUGGUCAAAAUAUGGUAGGCCGCCUUCGAGUGCGCUCCAUGAAACUGCCCGCCGGAUCCAUGUUGUCUUUCACGCACACCGAAGUGCUAGAGAAUGGUGAGAUCGGGACUCGACCACUCCGACACGCUAAGUGCACAGACGAGAUUAUCUGUGAUGGUAGUGAAAUCCUCAAUUGGUCGCCACAAUAUACAUUUCACGGCUUCCGUUACGUCCAGGUUGAUGGCUGGGAUGAGGAGCAACAUGGAUUGCUUCGAGACAAUCUCUCAGCGCUCGUGAUGCAUACCGACAUGACUCGUACUGGUUGGUUUUCUUGCUCUCAUCCUAUGGUCAACAAACUACAUGAGAAUGCCUUGUGGAGUAUGCGCGGUAAUUUCCUGUCCAUACCUACAGACUGUCCCCAAAGGGACGAAAGGCUAGGUUGGACUGGAGACAUUCAGAUCUUUUGCUCAUCAGCAAACUUCUUGUAUGACACUGCCGGAAUGCUUGGCGGCUGGCUUGAAGAUGUAUCGGCUGAGCAACUUAAUGAGAACGACGGCUGUGUGCCUCCAUUUGUGGUCCCCAACAUUAUCAGUCAAGAAUUGUGGCCACAUACGCCCCAAGCCGUAUGGGAUGAUGUGGUGAUUCUGACUCCCUGGGAUCUCUAUCGUUCCUAUGGUGAUAUUGACAUUCUUCGUCGUCAAUAUCAAAGCAUGAUCGCGUGGAUCGACCGGGGUAUCCGACGUGGUUCCGAUGGAUUGUGGGAUCCCAAUCUAUGGCAGUUGGGAGACUGGUUGGACCCCACAGCGCCACCCAUUGAACCAGGCGAUGCACGCACAAGUGGAACCCUCGUUGCAGAUGCAUAUCUUGUACAUGUGACAUCUGUGAUCUCUCAAAUCAGCGAGAUCUUGGGGCACGGUCAAGACACUGCGCGCUUUAGAACCGAUCAUGCGAAGCUGAAAGCAAUGUUCCAGGCGAAGUAUAUUGCGUCUUCUGGAUUGCUAGUCGGUGACACUCAAACAGCUCUUAGCCUUGCCUUGAUGUAUGACCUUCACCCCACAACUGAAGAGGCUACGGCUGCGGCAUCUCGCUUGGUUCAUCUUAGUGGGAACCCUCAGAUUGCUUAUCGAAUGUUGCUUGAAAAGAGCCGUCCGUCAUGGAUGUACCCAAUCACCAUGGGAGCGACGACUAUGUGGGAGAGGUGGGAUAGCAUGCUGCCAGACGGAUCUAUCAACCCAGGAGAGAUGACUAGCUUCAACCACUAUGCCCUUGGAUCCAUCAUCAACUGGCUCCAUUCCAAUGUUGCCGGUGUGAGUCCUCUUUCAGCCGGCUGGAAACAGAUCAAAGUGUCACCGACUCCAGGAGGCACAAUAGACUCGGCUGAGGCAAUUUAUGAAACUCGGUACGGAAGGUUGGAGUGCAAAUGGUCGGUUGAGAAAGAAGGAGGGCUCUUCAACUUAGAUAUCUUGGUUCCUGCGAAUAGCCGCGCGCUGGUCGUACUUCCGAGCCGAGAAACUUUGGCGAAAUACAAGUCUGACCCUGAAGAAGGGGUUUGGGUGGGCUCUGGACGUCACAAGUUUUCCGUGCCUUUUGAGUGGGAGGACUACUCUAGCGAUUGGCCUCCUAAGCCACUUAUUCCGAUUAUGCGAAAACCUGAGCCGGAUCAGAUUGCUUGA